AUGCCGCCCGCGGCCAUGCCGCCGCCGCCCCCGCCCCCGCAGGGCGCCUCCACAGGGGAUCCGCUGUACGACGAGCUCUGGCACGCCUGCGCCGGCCCGCUCGUCACCGUGCCGCGCGUCGGGGACAUGGUCUACUACUUCCCGCAGGGCCACAUCGAGCAGGUGGAGGCCUCCAUGAACCAGGUCGCCGCCAACCAGAUGCGCCUCUACGAUCUGCCCUCUAAGCUGCUCUGCCGCGUCCUCAACGUCGAGCUCAAGGCGGAGGCGGACACGGACGAGGUCUACGCGCAGGUCAUGCUCAUGCCGGAGCCGGAACAAAGUGAUGCGACGACGACGGAGAAGUCGAGCCCUGCAACAGGAGGCACCACGCCUGCCAGGCUGGCGGUGAGGUCCUUCUGCAAGACCCUGACCGCGUCCGACACCAGCACACAUGGCGGCUUCUCGGUGCUGCGCCGCCACGCUGACGAGUGCCUCCCUCCCCUGGAUAUGACGCAGUCUCCUCCCACACAAGAGCUUGUGGCAAAGGAUCUUCAUGGCAUGGAGUGGCGCUUCCGCCACAUUUUCCGCGGGCAACCUAGGAGGCAUCUCCUUCAGAGCGGCUGGAGCGUCUUUGUCAGUUCCAAAAGGCUUGUCGCUGGGGACGCCUUCAUUUUCCUCAGAGGAGAGAGCGGUGAGCUUCGUGUUGGUGUUAGGCGGGCUAUGAGACAGCUCUCCAAUAUAGCUUCUUCAGUCAUAUCUAGUCACAGCAUGCACCUUGGAGUCCUUGCAACUGCAUGGCACGCUAUCAACACAAAAACCAUGUUCACUGUCUACUACAAGCCUAGGACAAGCCGUUCAGAGUUCAUUAUACCAUACGAUAAAUAUAUGGACUCUGUUAAAAACAUUUAUUCUAUUGGGACGAGGUUCAAGAUGAGGUUUGAAGGGGAAGAGGCACCAGAGCAGAGGUUUACUGGCACCAUAGUGGGCAGUGAUAAUCUUGACCAAUUGUGGCCAGAAUCAAGCUGGAGAUCCCUUAAGGUGCGUUGGGAUGAGUCGUCAACUAUUCCACGCCCGGAUAGAGUCUCUCCUUGGGAAAUAGAGCCUGCUUCAUCACCUCCUGUUAACCCGCUUCCUCUUUCUCGUGCCAAAAGAUCUAGACCAAAUGUUCCUCCAGCUUCUCCUGAAUCGUCUCUUCGUACAAAAGAAGGUGCAACUAAGGCUGAUAUGGAUUGUGCUCAAGCACAGCGAAAUCAAAAUAACACUGUUUUGCCAGGUCAAGAACAGAGGAGCAAUAAGCUAACCGACAUUAAUGACUUUGAUGCCACUGUUCAGAAGCCUAUGAUGUGGUCACCACCACCACCCAACAUUGGAAAAACCAACCCACUAACGUUUCAGCAGAGGCCCUCCGUGCAUAAUUCGAUUCAGUUGGGAAGGCGUGAAACUGACUUCAAGGAUGCCAGUUCUGGUGCUCAACCUUUUGGUGAUUCCCUAGGCUUCUUCAUGCAGACAACCUUUGAUGAGGCUCCAAAUCGUCUUGGUUCAUUCAAGAACCAGUUUCAGGAUCACAGUUAUGCUCGUCAGUUCGCAGACCCAUACUUAUUUAUGCAUCAGCAACCUUCCUUGACUGUUGAAUCAAGUAGAAAGAUGCACACAGAGAACAAUGAUUUACAUUUCUGGAAUGGGCCGAGCACCGUGUACGGCAAUUCAAUAGACCAAGCACAAGAUUUCAGGUUUAAAGAACACCCAUCAAAUUGGUUAAGCCCGCAGUUCUCCCGGGCAGAACAGCCACGAGUGAUCAGGCCUCACGCAUCAAUAGCUCCUAUUGAGCUGGAGAAAACAACAGAAGGCAGUGAUUUCAAGAUCUUUGGGUUUAAAGUUGAUACUGCCAGUGCUGGUUUUAACCAUUUGAACUCCCCAAUGGCUGGAACGCACGAGCCUGUGCUACAAACUCAACCAUCUGUAUCAUUAGAUCAUUUGCAAACUGAUUGUUCUCCUGAGGUGUCUUUAAGCAUUGCUGGGACGACUGAGAAUGAGAAAAACAUGCAGCAAUGUCCGCAGAGUUCAAAAGACGUCCAAAGCAAGUCCCAUGGUGCUUCCACAAGGAGUUGCACAAAGGUUCAUAAGCAAGGUGUUGCACUUGGUAGAUCAGUGGAUCUGUCAAAGUUCGUUGACUAUGAUGAACUCACAGCUGAGCUAGACAAGAUGUUUGAAUUUGAUGGCGAACUGAUGUCCUCAAACAAAAAUUGGCAGAUUGUCUAUACUGACAAUGAGGGUGACAUGAUGCUGGUGGGAGACGAUCCAUGGGAGGAGUUCUGCAGCAUAGUGCGCAAGAUAUGCAUUUACACCAAGGAGGAGGUCCAGAAGAUGAACUCGAAACCAUCUGGCCCAAGAAAGGAGGAAGGUUCAGUGGAUGGUGACGGCGCAACCGAGAAGGCCCAUCUUCCCGAAUCAAGCGAUUUAAAUUCUAGCCAACUAGAUGUUGGUCUCUGCAGGUUGUGUUAA